ACAUUGAUAUUGAGAAAAAUAAAAGCGCCAAAAUCCCUAAUUCUGAAGUUUGUUCCACCAAUCCCUCUCCUCAAAAACAGGAAUUCAAUUAUCAGCCGAUGCUCAGAAGUUUUCGAUAGGUUUCGAUCUUUGUGUAUCUGCGUAGUAAUAAGGAUCCUGGAACAAAAAUCUUCUGUCGAAGAGGUGAAAUUUGAAUAUGUAUGGAAGAAAAGCAUGCCAGUUGGUGAAAGAGCUUGCAAACGGCGAGAAAGGUCAGCUAACGCACUUCAAUAGCGAUCUAUUUGAUCAGGCUAUUUCAGAAUGCGAGCAGCAUCAUCUUGAGCUUCAGUCCUUGAUGAGGAAAAUACAGGAAGAAGGAUUGGAUUUACAGACGACUAAGAACGAAGAUCAUUUUGGUGCGCUCAUUCACCACCUUUCAUUAGUUCGCAAUAAACGCUGCCUCAUGGCUUAUGUCAGGUAUGAUCGAGCUGAGAUUAUAAGAAGUUUGAUAUGGAAGGUAGGAUCUAUGCUUCCACCAGAAAUACAAGAGAAGCUUAGCAACUCAGAGGAAGAGUAUUUUAAGAAGCAUUCUGCAUGUCUAAAAGCAUACAUGUCGAGACUGGAGUUGGAAUUAACUGUGGAUAUGGUGCCACCUAAGGAUCCAUAUAUCCAAGUGAGGGUCCUCGAUGAUAUCGGUGAAGGAAUCAUACUCAGUGAUGAUAAAACAGCAAACUUUGCACGCCAUUCUAUACAUUUUCUCAAACGAACUGAUGCUGAGCAAUUCAUCUCACGGGGGUUAAUGGAGGAACUCAGAAGCUGAAUUAAAUAUUCAAGAUGGUGUUUCUGUAAAUCGGGAGGGUUAAGAGCCAAAUGAGGAGGGGAAAAAAAUGUAAGCGCGAAGCCUUCCCAUUUCUGUAAAUUAUUAUAUUUAAGGACAGAUGUUUGCUUGAUAACUUACAUAGUGAUUGGUUUCAUUUCAUGGUAUGAUUUUUAGAAUCACGUCUGAGACGAGUCGAACUUGGAUCUUCUCUCAGAAAUAUGUAUCCCUUAUCCUUUCCAAAUUUGAUUUCACCGACGGUUGCAUCUCGGUAACAAAAACAGAGUAUUAUAGAAAAGGUUCACGACAGAGAUCCUAUAGCAAAACUGUUAGAUCCAUAUUUAAAGGAUAAAAGUUACUAUUUCUUGUGUUGAUAUAGAAAUCUAGUCUGCUGACGUGUCCAAUUGAAUAGGAUGUUGGAUGGAUCUUGACGCUAGUGAAGUGCCUACCAAAUAUCUUUGGAUGUUUAGUGUUCAUGUGUGAUGUGAAUGACUUACCUCCACAAUGGGUGCCCUGGGAAGGGCCAUCUGUGUAGGACGUAGUGGCUGCUUUGUCUUCAUCAGGGCAUCGAGGGCUCUUUGCCACGUGCGCAAACCUCUCCCUUGAGGUACCUACGUGACUGGUCCCUGCUACCUUGUGGUACCGUGUAGUUUGUACAUGCUUGUGCUCGAUUUCUCACUUGUAACACCUCGUCAUAUGUUUGACUAUUGAAAGUUGAAAUGUAUCUUUCAAUCUGUAUCGAUAGGUCGAGGGCCGUUCACCCCUUCUUCAUCACGAACUUAUUGUAUAGCUUCUUUCGAAACACGAGCAAUUGUGAUAUCUUGCACUUUCUCAUCUUCUUCCAAAUUUCCCAAUUCGGGUAGUUUCAUAGUUUCAUAGGAUAAUUGUAAACGAAAGGAUCUAAUGUUG